AUGGAUUUAUUUGAUGCGCCGUUCUAUUGGGGACGAAUAACACGACAAGAUGCAGAAGAAAUUCUCGAUCAAUCAGGUUUAAAAAAUGGUCUUUAUCUUGUACGAGAAAAAUAUGAAGAUGCUGGUGUCUAUGCCAUAACAUUAUUCUUUUUAAAACGAUUUUAUCAUUACCGGAUUGAUCGACUUGACAAUGGAAAUGUUGUUCUAAAUGGUUCACGAGCUCAAGAAAGAUUGUCUCUUUCAAACAAUGAUAACAAGUCUCAUGGUAGUCAUAGGUCAUCGAGAAAUUCUGAACAAAAACAGUUUCCUGGGCCAAUGGAAUUAAUCAGUUAUUUUCAAAAAAAUGCUGAUCCACUUGUUACAACAUUAUCUAUAACAUGUCAACGACCAUUUGAUCAUAAUUUUGUACAAUUUUGGUGUUUACCAUUGUUGAAUCCAGAAUUGUAUAUUAAUAAAAUUUUUCAAGAAGCUUCAAAUACCGAUCCUGAAAUCGCAAUUAAAGAUAAACUAACGGCUAAAAGAUAUAUCUAUGAACGACGAGUAUUAAAAACUUUACAUGAAAAUGAAUUAUGGUUUCAUUCUCGUAUUGUUCGACAGGAAGCAGAACUUCGAUUGAAAGCUGCCGGCCAAAAAACUGGUCUAUUUCUUGUACGAGAAAAGUCAAGUGACAAGCGGUCUUCGGCACGUUAUACAUUGAGUUUAUGUUUUCAACGAGAUUACCAUCAUUAUAUUAUUCAAAAAACAUCCGAUGAUUACUUUCAAGUGACACCAGGUAAUAAAUCGACACAUGCCAAUCGAUUUGGUAGUAUUGCUCAAUUAAUUGAUUUUUACCAUCGAAAUCAUCAAGAACUUGCUUGUCCUCUUCGAUAUCCAUGUAGUCGUCCUGGUGGAUCAGUACGAAUUGCUCCAAUUCAAAACUUUUUAGAAGUCGAUAUAAAUCUGGACUCUAAAACUAGUGAUACCGAUUUAGGAUCUCCAACAUCACCACUCUCGAGUGAUUCAACAAGUUCAUCAUUAUUUGAUUAUAGUGUCUCGAAUUUGGAGUCACCAUCUGCUUUGGAUAAUAAUCCCAAAUCACCACUAAUGGGAAAAUUUCUUAUCGAUGAAAAAUAUCUGAUUCUGGGGGAAAAACUAGGUGAAGGUCAAUUCGGUGAAGUUUAUAAUGGUAAACUAAUUGCAAAUGAUGAAAAUAAUAAUGCAAUAGGAAGCCAUAAAUUACAACAUGUUGCAAUAAAACAAUUAAGACACAGACAAUGUUCAUUUGUUCAAGAACUAUACAAUGAAGGCGAACGCAUGCUUAGUCUAGAUCAUCCCUACAUUGUUAAAAUAUUUGGCUUAUGUAAACAUGAAGCAACUGUAUCACUUGUACUUGAAUUAUGUCCGUAUGGUGCAAUGAAUACUUGGUUAAAAUCAAAUAAAACGUUUCGAAUGAAUUAUAUUCUUAAUUAUAUGUAUCAAGUUAGUGACGGAAUGAACUAUUUACAUGAAAAGAAUAUAAUUCAUCGAGAUUUAGCACUAAGAAAUAUAUUAAUCAUGUCGAAAACUAUAUGUAAAAUAUCGGAUUUUGGUUUAUCACGUGUUCUUGGAGAAAAUAACUAUUAUCAAAUUGGACAAAAUCGUCGAUUGCCAUCAAUGUGGUAUCCACCAGAAGUUCUCGAAGUACCUUUAUUUCAUUCUCAAAUUGAUAUUUGGUCAUUUGGUAUUACUGUUUGGGAAGCCACAUCAUAUGGGCAAACACCUUAUAAACAAGAACUAGAAGCCAUGUUAGACGUAUCCUUUGAUCCUAUAUCAAAAAAAUUGCUAAAAUUUUUACGUGCUGGCAAUCGUUUAAAACGGCCUACUAAUUGUCCAGAAUUUGUUUAUGGUCUCCUACUCAAAUGUUGGCAUGAUGAUAAACGUCAACGACCGACUUUUACUUGGAUAAAACAAUAUCUUAGUAUAUAUGCUUUUCCGCAAGAAGAAUAA